GGCGCUUGCCAAUCACAUACGGGAACCUGCUAUAAAAACCUUCACGAGAGUCUCGAAACACAAGACUACUAGUAGGUUCAACCGUUUGCCUCAUUGAAGCACACAGCGACCAAGAUGAGCAUUCUCACGUUUACUGCAACGGUUGCGUUUUUCACAAUUUUUCUCGGCUCGGCGAGUGGAUAUGUCUACUGCAACGACUACUACUGUUCCGAUUGCUGUUGUGACCGUAUCAGUAGUGCCUGCUGCUCUUGUUUCGACCCAGACAUCGAUGUAGCCAGUGUGGAUGUGGACAUCACGUGGUGGGGCUGGGCGCUUAUCGCUGCGGGUAUCCUCGUCGUCAUUGCUGCGGCAAUUGGAGUCGGCGUGUGGCGUCGACGAGUGUAUCUCGCCAGAACGACGGUUGUUCAGAGCGGAGGGGCGGCGGCGGCACCACUUGUCGUGACGACGUCGUCUCAGCAGUCCCAGCAAAUGGCAGGCUAUCCGCUUGCGGGCUACAACUACGCUAGUUAUUGACGAAGCGCUAUGGUCUCUAGGUGGACGGACAGUCGCUGCUGCAUGCGCGAGGUAUGUAGACAAUAUCUUUUAGCUCGUAGAGUUUGAGUAGGGUAACUGCAUGUGCUACUAUUGUGGGACUUCAUAGAGGAGUCCCGUCUACAAACACGAAUUGUCCCAAGAUGUA